CUAACUUCUAUCUGCCAGCGCAUUAAACUUGACCCAAAACAAUUUAGUGUCUGGAAUCAACGGCUCUCCUUAUGCCUUGCAAUGGCAGUUGGAGCCGAUGCUCAGCUACGACCAGCUUGCCAUCGUCCUGCUUGCAUACCGCACGGCCUACAGCAUUCAAGUAUUGAAAUUUAUAGGAGUCAACUUAACUCGUUACGGAAAACUUAUGCUCAAACACCAUUAUCGCGGCCUCGUGCGGCCAGCUGUUGUUGCUCUACCACAAGCAAAAAGCAUGAUCCACAACUUACUCCUAAAAUUCAAGGGCAACCGGCUAAGAUAUGGGGAAAGUCGGUCAUAGCUCCCACUCGGACGCCCCAAAAUCCACCUCCGGACCCUCCCAAUGGCGAUGGUAACAACGACAGCCCAACGUGGGGCGUUUUCGACCUUUCGCGAUACUCAGACCGCUGGGAGGUACCUUGGGGUCCCAGACUCGUUGCUGGUGGCAUGGCGUUGUGGUUCGGCAGCUUCAUUGGAGUAGGGUUCGUACUGGUGCCGCAGCUCUACCGAGCCGCGGGCAUCUCGCUCUCCGACCUGUCUCCCGAGGACCGCGCCACCUUCACACUCGUCUGCCAGGCGGUGGAGACGGUCGUCAGUCUGGGCCUGGUGCGUGCGCUCACCGCCGGACCUCUCUCCCGCUCCGGUGCCGCCUCCGCAGCCCAGCAGGGGCUGUUCGUGUACGACCCGCGACGCCCCUUCGCCAAGCCGCGCGGCUGGGCGUUCUGGGGUGUGCUUGGGCUGCUGGCGGCGCCGGUGGCAGUGCAGGGGGUGGCGGCGCUGCUGGCGGCGGUGGGGUACGACCGCGCGGUGGGCGGGGGCGGCACGGUGGACGGUGUGGCGGGUAUGAUUGAGCUGGAUCUGCCCACCUACCUGGCGCUGCUGGGGGUGACGGGGGGGCUGGCGCCGCUGCUGGAGGAAACUGUGUUCCGCGGCUUCCUGCUCACCUCGCUCACCCGCUUCAUGCCCACCUGGGCCGCUGUGGUGGCCUCCUCCGUGUCCUUCGGCCUGGCGCACCUGUCCGCCCGAGACCUGCCGGUGCUGAGCGCCCUGGGGCUGCUGCUGGGCUGGUCCUACGUGCGCUCGCGCAACCUGCUCACGCCCAUCCUCAUCCACGGAGUCUGGAACUCUGCGGUGCUGACGCUGCUGUUCUUCCUGGCGGCGGAGGGAGUGGACGUGCAGCAGCUGCUGUCGGAUAUGCGCGACGCGGUGGGGGGCUGAGGGUAGGCGGCUGUGUGCUAACUGGAGCGGCGGGUGUUCUCCCCACACGUGCUUUCGAGAGAGGAGUGCGCUGGAGUUUGUACAGGGUAGCUGCUUUGUGAGAGGGAGCCGGAGAGGAACUAAACCAUUUUGAGAGGGAGAGGGAGCGAUUGCCCCUGCGGACAUGUAUGCAGAUGCUAUCCUCCGGACUGUGGGGACAUUCGGUGGCAUUUCUUGCAUGGGGUCGCGUGAGUUUUGAGGAAAAUGGCGUGUG